ACAAAAAUAAUGACUCCUAUACUAGCUGCCACCCUAGACCGUAUUGGACUAUGCGACCGAAAUGCAAUGUAUGUUAUUUCUGCGGUUUUAACAAGUGCUGGACUAAACUUAGACGAUUUUACCGUUAGCAGACAAACAAUCUCAAGGGCCCGUGCAGAAUAUCGCGAAGAGAUUGCUCAAAAUAUCCAAAGCAAUUUUGAUCUAAAUGGACCACUUGUUGUACAUUGGGAUGAAAAGCUGCUUCAAGAUCUCACAGGUACUGACAAAGUAGAAAAAUUGACAGUUUUGGUAUCUUCUGGAGCAAAUGUUCAGCUGCUUGGAGUCCCAAAAUUGUCUUCUGGAACUGGUGAAGACAGGCAAACGAAGUUUGCAAAUUAA